AUGGCGAAAUCACUGAGCACUGAUUACAUUCUGAGGCAAACAACGUUCCCAACUUGGUCGUGGUUCCCUCCUCUUGCUGUUGCCAUGAUCACUCUGGGACUGCAGUGGCCACAACAAGCUGCCACCUUCCCGACCAUACCUCUUUCCAGCCUGCUUGCCAAUGCUGUGCUGAGGGCUCAGCACCUUCACCUCCUGGCUGCAGAGACAUACAAGGAGUUUGAACAYACCUAUAUUCCAGAGGACCAAAGACACACAAACAAGAAUUCCCAAGUAACAUUUUGUUACUCGGAAACCAUUCCUGCUCCCUUGAAGAAGGACGAUGCCCAGCAGAAAUCAGACAUGGAGCUUCUUCGGUUUUCCCUGGUUCUCAUUCAGUCCUGGCUGACCCCAGUGCAGUACCUAAGCAAGAUGUUCACAAACAAUCUGGUUUUUGGCACUUCAGACAGAGUGUAUGAAAAACUAAAGGAUCUGGAAGAAGGGAUCCAAGCUCUGAUGAUGGAGCUGGAGGACAGAAGCCUGUGGGGUCCCCAGAUCCUCAAACCCACUUACGAGAAAUUUGACAUCCACCUGCGCAGCGAGGACGCGCUGCUGCAGAAUUACAGCUUGCUCUCCUGCUUCAAGAAGGACCUGCACAAGGUGGAGACCUACCUGAAAGUGAUGAAGUGCCGGCACUAUGGGGAGGGGAACUGCACCAUUUGA